AGGAUAAUUCAAUAAAGUUUUGACAUUUUCAGAUAGUAUUCAGAUUUUUCUAUUUCUCUCAUGAUACAGAACCGCCUCAAUCGUUGACCAUAAGAAGAUAUAAAAUCCAAGCGGGGUAACAAAAAGUGCUAAGCUUCUAAACGUGCAAGUAAAAAUUGAGAUCUAUGAUGACGAGUAGAUGAGAGAUUGAUAAAAAGAUGGCAACCGCAAAACAUUUGAUGAGACAAUGUUUCUCAAAGCAGGGUGCUCUGUUAACUUUUUUAAGUAUUUACAUAUUUAUCAUGGUUCACCAGUCAGCAAAUAAUAAGGUUGGAUCUGCAUCUACUAGAAAGGAACUGAACCUUAUCCUUAUUCUCUGUGGGGGUGUCGGAAGUGAUGGAGAUGAGCUAGCGAGUGAUCUAACAAGACAACUGCGCCAAGCUACUGUAAUGCUGAAAUCAGCAGUUCUAUUCUCGAAGAAGAGACUUCAUUUUCAUAUUCUUGCAGAUAAUAGAAACCUUUACUCUAGAUUAGUAAACAAAACAAAUGGAUGGCCUGAAAACUACAGAAGAAAACUAAAAUUCUCAAUGCAUAAAGUUUGGUAUCCAGAGGGUCGAGAUGAUAUGCGAGCUCUGUUCCGAGUGUGCGCUACUGAACGUCUUUUUGUUCCGGACAUAUUUCCGACAUUAGACAAGGCAAUAUAUGUCGACACAGAUCUGAUAUUCAUGCGACCCGUUGAACAUCUUUGGAACGAGUUCGACAACUUUGACCAGAACCAGAUAUCUGCAAUGUCCCCAUGCUUGUAUCAUUACGGUUCAGAGAGAAAUAAAAUUCCUUUCUACGGAGAGACUGGUCUUAAUGCUGGCAUAAUGCAUAUGGAUCUAGACAGAAUGCGAAAUAUAGAUGAUGGGUGGACUAAUACUAACCUAGCAAUGUUCGAUAAAUACAAGAGUCGAAUAAAGUUGGCAGAUCAGGAUAUUCUAAAUAUUCUUUUCCAUUUCUAUCCGGAGAAAAUUUAUGAACUACCCUGUCACUGGAACUACAGGGUGUGGCAGUGUAGUCAGGGGGAAAAUAAAUGUGCUUCUGCCGCUGAUGAAGGGGUUUCUAUACUGCACGGAAACGCCCUGGCGUUUGUAAAGGGUCACGAGAUGAAAAUCCAGAAGAUAUUUGAAUCGUUUGAAGGGUUUGAGUUGGGUAAAGAUAAACCUGGACAGCUCUUUGUUCAGAUCAAAGCAGGUCUUGCUCAGGUUGACCAUGAAGAUAUGCCCAGUAAAUGUAAAGAUGUUCCUGGGAUUGACUCUAUUCUACUGAAACAGCUGAAAAACCAUAUUGUAGGAGCAAAGCUCUCAAAAAGAUUCUAAUACUAAUAUUCAUACAUUUUAAAAUAUUAGUAUUGGGUGAGUCUAGAGAACAUGUAAAGCUUGCAGAUGAACGGGCUUAAUUUAAGUUCCUUGCUAUUCCUAUAUUUUUUUUACUUUUGCAUGUUUCACUUUUGAUUUCUCUGCAAUUGCAGCUUUAACAUAUUAUUCACAUUUUGGCUAAAACAAUUCAUAAUUUAAUAUUUGUUUUCCAACUUUUGUACGACGACUUGUUAAGUAUAACAAGCUAAUGCUACUUUUUCAAUAUUGAAAUUAGGCUAAAUAUAAAUAUUCCUCGAAUUCUUAAAGUAGUCAUAAUUUUCUGGAUAAAUUCUCAAAUAGAAUUCUAGCAGUUUUAUCUUAAUCAUGGAUUUACUCAGAUUUAGACUGAACUUAAACACAACCUUAACUGUUGUCAUUUUUCUCUGAGAUGUUUAGAAAAAUAAUUAGAGUCAGAAUUCAAUGUAUUUGAGUCGAAUUUCAAAUCUGCCAAAAACCGGUUUCAAUUGAGCGCCGGCUUAAAUCUGAAACAUUGAAUACAAUUGUAAGUGGAACCAACCAUAUUUGAGCCGCAUCUCAAAUUUAAGCUGCGUCUCAAAUUCUGUAAAUUCGGCCUGAGUAACUAUAGGUUUAAUUGAACUUGUUAAGAAUUUGCAGAAAUUUGUAAUUUUUCAAAAAUUCGAAAGUUUACAAAACAAUAUAAAACAUAAAUUUAUUGCACAUAUUAAUUUGAACAUGUGAACUUUUACCCUAUUUCAACCUUCAGAAACAUGGUUAAAUUUUUAAUAACUCUUUACUUUUUAAAAAGAAAACAUUGUAACAUUUAUUAGAAUAGCAGUUGUGACAUGUAUUAUGCAUAAAUAACAAAAUCAUUUUAUAUAUCUUCUUUAAAAUGUCAUGUCUAAAAUUUCUACAAAAAGUCUGGUCUAUGAAUGUCCAGACGCCAAAAUUUGCGUUUGUUUGUUACAGUUAUUACGUUAAUAACCCAGUGUAACAAAACUUUCGGUAAAAUUUGUACACAGCUCUACGUUUAGUUUUUGUGUUUAUUAGCUAAAAAAUGUGAUUUAAGAUUUAGAUAUAUAUAUAUAUUUAAACUCUUUACCGGUGAUUUUAAUGCAGUGCUAAAAUAAACAGUAAUAGUAAUAGUUGUUUAAAAUAUUUUUAUUCAUGGUUAUAAUUAUUUUGGUAUAAUAAUUCAGUGCAUCGACUUAAUAUAUUCUGACAAUUUCCACUUGUAAAUAGGACUGGGCACGUUCCAACUUGUUUUCAGCCGUUUUGUUAACGGUUAGUUUCAACCGUUAAAAAAUAAAAAUUUCAGUUAGCCGUUAAUAUUAAAGGUAAGAACGGAACGUUCGUUUCGUUAACGUCAUUUUCCGUUGUUUUUUAGUUAACAAUCUCAAUUUUAAUAACGGCAUUAACAGGAAUUUUUUAACAAUCGUUAACGGCUCUAGCCCUUAAUGGUACCGUUAUUACAAAAUUAGCGGCGAAAAAAACGGCACAGCCUUUAACAGUAUAUUACAGUAUUAAUGGCGAUAACGGCGAAAAAAAAUUCGUUAACGGUUUAUAAAUACAGAAGACGACAUUUAAAAACAGAAACGGCAAGUCCGUUUCAUUAACGGUUUAAAAAUUGAAGGUUUUUGCCGUUCGUUAACGGACUCUUCCGUUAACUUUCGAAAACCUCCGUUUCGUUAACGGAACUUUGCCCAGCCCUACAGUUGUAAACCUUAAAUUUACACCGUCCAUUGCACCCAAGUUAUUGCUCAAUUAAAGUAUUUUAAGCAGUAAAUAUUGCGGGAUUCUUAGAACUUUAAUACAAAGUAUUGUGGCGUUUUUUUCAUUCAUUUACAAUUUAUUAUUGUAUUAUUUAUAUCUAAUUUUAACAUUAAAAAUG